UGGUUGAGGAGUCGUGUUGGUUUGGUCUUAAGCUGCAUUUCUGUCUGCAGCAAUUAACUAAUCUAGCUUCCCAUGCCUGCGGGGGUUGUGAGGUAAUCUUGAAUGGCGUAAUAAGAUUUCAGCGUCUACUACCACUAUUGACCACUGCUACGUGGCACAUUGAGUCUGAGGAGCCUUCGUUUAGCAGCAACACUCUGUGUGGCUAUAAAUGGCUGCAGUGGGAGAGACACACACGGACCGGGGCUAAGUGAGAAAGCGAUGGACUGAAGCAGGGCGACUGUCACUGAACCUCCACCGUUCUGCCAUGGAGGGGUCAACUGUGAAAAAAAAAUCAGGAUAUGCGCCUCUCAAGAAACAGAGCUCCGUCGGACACCUGCUGUCCCGUCCGUCCACGGCCGACAGCGACGACGCGCUGCCCCCGAGGAGGCUGAACGGCUCCUCGGCGGAGGCGCCGAGCUACCAGAACCUGCACCGGGAGCUGCUGCUCAGCCACAAACGGGGCCUGCUGCUGGAGGAGAAGCCCGAGCUGAAGCGAGUGAUGGAGCAGCGCCGGCUGGAGCUGCACAAGGAGGAGGAGAUGGCCCGGCGGAGGCCCUCGGACCUGGAGACCGAGCUCCGCAAGAGGCAGCAGAAACUGCAGGAGUAUGAACAGGAGGAAAUCAAGCGGCGGGAGAACCAGCAGAAGGUCCCGGAGUUUGUCCGCGUGAAGGACAACCUGAGGCGAACGCAGACGUUUGAGCAGUGAGGCCGGACGCUGCUCCCAUCAGCCCCUGCAGCUCCCAUCAGCCCCUGCAGCCUCUCACCACAGUGGCCCUGAAUCCACACGCUGAGUAACAUCUAACCUGCAUUCUGAUUGUGAGGACCUACACACACGCGCGCACACACACACACACACACACACACACACACACACACACACACACACACACACACACACACACACACACACACACACGUAGAACCACCUUCUGGAAAGCAACCACAGCUCUACCACGGAUGAGGAAGUGCUAUUAAUGUGGAUCAAUAAGUUAUUAUUUGAUUUUUUUAUGAUUAUAAUAAUGCGUUUUUUUUCCAAAUUAAAUUCUUGCAUUUAUUCUUUAAGUAAAGCAGCAACGGUUCAACAUCUUUACUAACUGGAAUCCGGUCUUUACAAACAGAGCCAUUCAUCUAUAGAAAUCUCCUGUGUUACGUUCGUGCAUGUUUUUCCUUGUGUCUCUCCUGACUUCGGGUUUUUAGUGCGUCUGUGCUGUGGAAAUAAAGGCUUUAUGGUUUACA